GGUGUUUCAUUACGAAAAGUUGAACGAUGCGAGUUGGGCUUUAUUUGAAAACAUGAAAAAUCAUUCAUCAAAAACCUUCGCCAGUGAUUUUCAUUUACUCACCCAUUUGAUGUUUCUCAUAUUCACUCUCAACUUUACAUUGUCUGUUUCAUGGCUGAUUCUAGGGUACAAUGAUAAAGCAAGAAUGUUGGUGAGAACCAUAAAACCAAUAAAGGCUGGAGAGAUCAUUUAUGACAAUUAUGGCGUGAACUACUUAUUCAUGAAAUUGAAAGAAAGACAGCAAACCCUAUUGACGGACUUUUUUUUUGAAUGUGCUUGCCCACCGUGCGUAGAGAGAUGGCCUAUGGCUUCAAGUUUGGAAAGAGUUAUAAGGGUUCCCUGCAGAACUUUCAAUUGUAGUUUCGUGUUUUCUGUAACUCGUACCAGAAGACCGCGACUUUGCUUGCAAUGCCACAGAGAACUUAAAGAUGCUGAUAUUAGAGAAUUUACUGAGGCCAUCGACUAUUAUUAUAAAGAUGGAGACAAAAUGUUUCAGGAAAAAAAAUUCAAUGAUGCUUUGAAAGCGUAUAAAACCGUGUUAGACAUUAAGUAUGCCUACACUACACGCCCAGAUCUAGACAUAGUGAAAGUUCAAGAACGAAUGGAGCAUAUUUAUGCUAGGAAUGGAAACGUUGCCAAGUCCAAAUAAAUGAUAAUUUCUGUUUUGAUUCUAACAUGCUUAUUUGUUCAUGUUUAUUCAUUACUUAUGUUCACAAAGUCUAUUGAUAUCAAUAAUGUUUCACACGUUUAUAAAUGUUUUCGUUAUACUUGUUAUUA